CUUAAACCAAUUAAACGUGUUAUGUUUUUUUGUUCUCUAUAAAAAGCUUUUACUUGAAACUUGAUGGUGUGAUACAAAAAUGUCCCAAGAAGACCUUGAGAAGUUUGUAGAAUCAUUUUUAUUCAAGCACGAAGGAGUUUACUUUCAAAAGGAUUUAACUACACCUGAAUCUAUAGAUGCUGUGGGGCACUUUGAAAUCAGAGAAAGUGAUGUGUUUCUGGUCACUUAUCCAAAAUCUGGAACAAUUUGGACACAACAGAUUCUGAGUCUUAUCUUCAAUGAAGGUCAUCGAAGUGGAACAGAAGCCAUUACUAACUUGGACAGGGCACCUUGGAUUGAAUAUAAUGUGUACAACAUUGAUUAUGACAAACGUCCCUCUCCUCGUCUGUUUUCUACACACUUACCUCAUUAUUUAAUGCCGAGAGAUAUGAGAAAGCGAAAAGGCAAAGUUAUCUAUGUAUCAAGAAAUCCAAAAGAUGUUCUGGUUUCAUUUUAUCAUUUUCAUAAAAUGGUGGAAAAACAUGGCAAGACAGAAGACUUUGAAACUUUCUUCAACAUGUUUAUUUCAGGAUUAGUACUUUCAGGUUCUUGGUUUGAUCAUAUAAAAGGCUGGUACACCCACAGUGAAGAUUAUAAUUUUCUAUUUUUGACGUAUGAAGACAUGAAAAUGGAUCUACGAUCUGCUGUGCUGAAAAUCUGCAAAUUUGUGGAGAUAGAACUUGAUGAGGAAGCAGUGAAUAUUGUAGUGGAAAAAGCAACAUUCAGAAACAUGAAACGUGACCCACUUGCCAAUUAUACAUUUGUAACAGAUGGUAUCUUCGACCACAAGAAAGGCGAUUUUGUUCGCAAAGGCAUUGUAGGUGACUGGAAAAAUACCCUGACAGUAGCACAAAAUGAAACGUUUGAUAAGCUUUAUAAGGAGAAAAUGAAAGAUUUUCCCAUCUCCUUUGUUUGGAAUUUAGAACAACAUUGAUGUUCUUCAAGCAAACUAAACAAUGCAAACCUGGAAUGUGCAUUUAAAGACCCUGCUAUGAACGUUAGCAAUUAAGAAUAAUUUGGAGAAACAUUAUAUCUGAGAGUUCUUUUAAAUUUCAAAAAGAGUUAAAAUAAUUUACAUUACCUCUUUCAUAUUAUGACUAUUUUGAGAAUGGCAAAAAUAUAUUUUAUUAAGAUUACUUUAAAAAUUACGUAUAUAAUGCAUAAUUAUACUAGGGCGGACAAGAAAGAGCCAAUGUAAAGGAAAAAGCUCUCCCCAUCUUCAGCUGUCGACAGUAUAUGGGUGGACAUCUGCAUCACACAAGAAAGCAAUAAUGGACUAGGCUCUUCCGCCUGCAUUUUUCAAACAGGGUACACUCAGUCUGUUUACCUGUCCAUCAGCCAUAAGGAGGUGGGGGUCUACCUGCCUAAAUCCCAGAAACAUGUCGAAAACAUUUUUCCCACCACAGCACUAUCAUAUCACACCAUAUUUCUCUAACCAUUGGACCCUUGUAACACUUAUAGGUUGCCCCUACACAGCACACCUCAUAGUGAAACCCUCUCAAAACCCAUGGGCCCUGCAAAAUUACUUUUCUGAGUACCCACGGACCAAAUCCACCCAAAGAACCUAAAUCUAAAUGAUUGUUUUCCUACUUUAUUUUUAUUUUUUUGUCCAGUAUUUCUCUUUAUACUCUUUUGUGCCAUGGUAACAUAAACACUUAGGGGUCAAUUUAUUAUAGUGCGAGUGGACAUGAUUUGAUGUAGCGUAUCAUGUCCGCUGCACAUCAAUAAAUACUGUUGGCAUUUAUCAUUGCACCAGCAGGUGGACAGGUUAUGUAGCAGCGGUCUUUAGACCCCUUAGCAUACAGUAUGUCUGGACCUUGUUUGGGCUUACUUUUCAAAAGCAAACUUGUAAUUAUUUCUUAUUAACAGAAACAUAGAAUUUGACGGUAGAUAAGAACCAAAAGGCCCAUUAAGUCUAACCAUAUUAUAUGUCACUGUCUUCGUAGGAUAGUCUUAUGCAUGUCCUAAGAAUUUUUUUAUUCUUUUACAGUCCCUGAGUUUAUUACCUCUUUUGGAAGCUUAUUCCGUGAAUCCACCACCCUGUCAUUAAAACAAUGCUUCCUCACAUUUUUCCUGAAUCUGCUAGCCUCUAACUUAAAUUUGUGACCCUUUGUUUUUGGUAUUUCUUUUUUUUUUUUUGUGGAAAAUGCUUUCAGCUUCAAGUUUAUUAAGUCCCUUCAAAUAUUUGAAGGUUUCUAUCAUAUCACCUCUUUCCCUUAUCUACUCUAAACUAUGCAUAUUUAGAUCAAAGAGUCUUUCUUUGUAUGUUUUAUAUUUUAGAUCAUGUACGAUUUCAGUAGCCCUCCUUUUGACAUUUACUAGUUUAUAUAUAUUAUGCUAUCCGCCUCUUCUCCCCUGUAGCUCUUCAUGUUGCAGUUUUCUAUCGGCCCCCUGGCCUAUCAUCACAAUUUCUGAACCACUUUGAAGCCUGGCUUCCACAUUUUCUCUCUUGUAAUGUCCCUUCUCUCAUCUUGGGGGACUUCAACAUAUCCGUUGAUAAUCCUAACAUGCCUGAUGCCUCUAAACUUCUAUCCCUUACCACCUCUUUUGGCCUGUCCCAGUUGACAACAUCUCCAACCCACUCUGAAGGCAACUUUAUAGACUAGUCUUCACUAAUCUCUGUGCCGUUUCCAACUUCCUUAACUUUCCCUUUCUUCUCUCUGACCACCAUCUACUAACUUUCUCUUUUACUCUAGCUACUACAUCUUUGCAAGCCCCCAAAAAACUGCUACCUUGCAGGAAUCUAAAUGACUUGGAUCUCACAUACUUUUCCACUCAACUGAAUCCUCUGCUCUCCAACAUUUCAUUCCUCUCUUGCCCAAACCUUGUGGCUUUACAGUAUAAUUUGGCACUAAAAUCAAUGUACAUCAAUCACUCAAUGGCAACCAUGGCACACCAAACAGACCAGAUAUCUUCAGCGAUGUUCACGGGCUGCUGAAUGGCAGUGGAGGAAAUCACACACCUGUGCUGAUUUCCGGCAUUAUAAAUUCAUCCUUAAGUUCUACAACUCUGCGCUCAGCCUGGCCAAACAAGUCUAUUUCUCCUCCCUUGCAUCAUCUCACGCAUCCAACCCCAGAAAGCUGUUCUCAUCCUUUAACUCCCUUCUAUGUCUGCCUGCACCCCCGCCCACUACCAACAUCACUGCUCAGAUUAUUGCUGAUCACUUCAAAAAUAAAAUUGACACCAUUAGAAAAGAUAACUGCAAACCCAGCAAUCCUACCCAUCCCUUCUAUUACAGAGGAAGAAGUCUCUGUACUCCUAUCCUUGGCUCAUCUCACAACCUGCCCACUUGACCCUAUUCCUUCACAACUUCCUCCCUCUCUCUCUGCUUCACUAACCCCUACCCUAACUCAUCUCUUUAACCAAUCUCUCACCACUGGAACAUUUCCUGAUACCUUCAAGCAUACCUCAGUAAUACCAAACCUAAAAAAAAUCCCUUGCUUGACCCUUCCACCUCCUUACUUCCCUCUGCUUCAAAAUUAUUGGAACAACUGGUCUAUAAUCGGCUAACUCAAUUUCUCACAACUAGCUCCUUUCUUGAUCCACUACAAUCUGGUUUCCACUCUAAACACUCAACAGAAACCGCUCUUACUAAAGUAACAAAUUUUAUCAGCUACAGCAAAAGGCCACUACUCCUUACUAAUUUUUCUUGAACUGUCCGCUGCCUUUGACACAGUUGACCAUCCUCUCCUCCUAAAAAUACUACAUUCAUUUGGCAUUCAAGACACAGCCCUCUCCUGGUUUGCCUCAUAUCUCUCAAAAUGCUUGUUUUCAGUUUACCUUUAACAACAUAUCUUGUGAUCCUAUGCCUCUCUCAGUUGGAGUACCGCAAGGCUCUGUCUUGAGUCCCUUGCUUUUUCUCUCUCUAUACAUUCUCCCUUGAAAAACUUAUAGCCCCUUUUAGAUUCCAGUACCACUUAUAUGCUGAUGAUACCCAAAUCUAUCUUUCCUCUCCUGAUAUCUCUCCCUCUUUACUCAACCAGAUUUCCAACUGCCUCUCUGCAAUUUCCUCUUGGAUGUCGUCACACUACCUUCAACUCAAUUUGUCCAAAACUGAGCUGCUUCUUAUUACAUAGAAACAUAGAUAUUGACGGCAGAUAAGAGCCAUAGGCCCAGCAAGUCUGCCCCACCUUACCUAACAGUAUAAACUUAUCUAGUUCGUAGGAUAGCCUUAUGCUUGUCCCAUGCAUUUUUAAAGUCCCCCACAGUGUUUGUUGCUACUACCUCUUGAGGAAGUUUAUUCCAUAAAUCAAUCACUCUUUCUGUAAAGAAGUGCUUCCUCAAAUUACUCCUGAAUCUACUACCCUUUAGCUUGAGCUCAUGACCCCUUGUUCUUGAAUUUUCCAUUUUAUGUAAAAUACCCACAGCCUCA